UGGAAACGUUCCUUUAGCACUGAGCCUUGAUGCUAUCAACUUCAGCUCUUUAGAAUCUACAGCUUCAUCUACAGUCAUGGGGGUUGCCUACAGCGUUGGAGAGGUUGACCACCUCUACACCUUCUUUGUGCAAUGGUCUCCAGACAUCUACAACAAAAGCAAGAAGAAACGCUGCAAAUCUUGCAACAACGUCAGAAAGAAACGCCACAAUGCUUAUCGUACUGUGGAUAAGGACAUUUCUGGAAUCAGCAAGACUUUUAGAAAAUCAGCCAGCAAACCCAAGGCUGGAAAGAAGUGGGAGAUCAUAACAGUGAAGGACUCAAAGCGCCGCCUGAGCCUCAGCAAUUCAGUAGAGUCGGAGGUUGAGGAGAAUGAGUACCUGGAUGUUGUGGAUGAUUUCCCAGUCCUGAGCCAUGAAAGCCAGCUGCUGGAUGAAUAUCACCUACAGAAGCUUGCUGCUCACUUGCCUCCAAGGACCCAGGGGUAUCCAUGGCACCUGGUGUACAGCACCAACAACCAUGGGAGCAGCCUAAAGACGCUGUACAGGAACAUGGCUGAUCUGGACAGUCCUGUGCUGCUGGUCAUCAAAGACAUUCAUAAAAAGGUGUUUGGGGCUUUUUGUUCAGAUCCCUUCAGAGUCAGUAAAUACUGCUAUGGCACCGGAGAGACAUUCUUGUUCAGCUUUAACCCUGAUUUCCAGCAAUACAGGUGGAGCGGGGAGAACUCUUACUUUGUGAGCGGCAACUGGGAAUCUCUGCAGAUUGGAGGAGGAGGAGGUGGCUUUGCUCUGUGGCUGGACGCAGAUUUGUACCACGGUGCCAGCUUCUCCUGCCCUACCUUCCACAACGCUCCUCUUUCCACACAUGAGGACUUUAUCGUACAAGAUGUUGAAGUCUGGACUGUGCAGAACUGAACUAGAACAAUAGAAAAACAAGAUUUUCUAGCUAUGGUUCCGAAACUUCAACAGCCAUUGGUUCUGCUGUAUCCUGAUAGAGCAUCCGCCGCCGUCAGAACUGCAUCUGGGCCAGAGUAGCUGGGUAGUUUAAAGCCUGCAGGGCAGGUUUUCCCAGUAGGUUUCCUGCUCGGUGAAUUUGAACUGUUAGAAGCAAGCAGCAACUUGAAAUCAGGCAAUUUGGGCUGCUUUUGCUGUAAGCUUCUGGGUGUUCACCGUAUUUACUCUGACCAUGCCCUUCUGUGAUUCAGAAGAGCAUUUUGACACAAGGUUCAAGACAUGUUUUUUUUACAAUGAGAAAGUUGUAUGCAUGUGUUGUUAUAUCUGUGUUUACACCUGCUUAUGUUCUCAAGUGGCAUUAUUUCUUUGAGGCUAAAGACACUGUAACAGGAUAGGAGCGAGAGCUGCCUAUCUGAGCUCCUUCAGUAGGUUUGUUUUUAAUGUAACUCCAUUUGAAAUGACCGAACCUAUGGGGUGAGAUAAAGCACAGCUUUGCACUACAAACACCUAACUGUACUGUGAGUGACAUGUAUGGGAGGAAGAAGAGAACUCCAACCGUUAACCACCAAUCCUUCUCAUAAAAUACUAUGUUCCUCUUUAGAAAACGUGAGAAUGAACUAAUAUUUGAAACCUUUUACUUAUUUUUGUAAGUAAUUAUUUAAAUAUGAAUCCGUUUUAUACCAAAAAAAAAAAAUUGAAACAAGAAAGUAAAGCACAUUUUGAUGUAUGUGGGUUUGUUUGUUUGUUUUUUGUGAAAAAAUCAGAUUGUGUCAGGCAGUGCUGGCGCUGCCAUAGUUCCUUUAAGAGAAACAAAU